AGCUUCUGUAAGCAUCUUAUUGGUACACGUGUAAGCACUCGCAUGGGUGUGUCUAAGCUAGUGUAUAGAUACAUCUUCAUUUUGGGCUCAUGGAUGAAUGACUGGCCUACAUGGCCUAGUCUUAAUGUUGGGCCCAUUCUCAACAAUAAUGUUAAUGGGUCUUCUAUGUUAACGGCUGAAGCUGUGAAAGAACCACAUGCUGUUGAGAAAGCAGACAUAUUUACUAAGACUAUGCUUAAACCUCCUCUUGGAUCUUCUGGAGCAAAAAAGCAUAACUGUUGCGUAACUUGGGCUGAUGAUAGUGCUGGGGGCAUGAACCAGGCUGCAGAGGCUGUGGCAUCUGGAAAUUUUAAUGCCAUUGAUGCUGCAUCUGACACUGGAAUUAUUAUAUUGCUACGUCCAAGUGAUGCUAACGAAGAGGAGCCUGUCGAGGGUGCUCAAUGUGCUGAUCAACCAGAACCAGAAACUGCCCCUUUGAGAUGGCCAAAAAGGCCUGGGAUUUCAGAUUCUGAUAUGCUUGACCCUGAGGAAUCAUGGAUUGACACUCCACCAGAGGGGUUUUGUUUGACUCUAAAGGCACGCUUGCUGGAUACAAGGUCUUUCAUUGAUGCGCUUCCAGGAUUCAGGACAAAAGAUUGGCUGGUAAUAUUUGUUCUUCUGUAUAUUGAUGGUCUCUCCAUAUGUAGAAUCCCUGCACUUACUCCACACUUGAUAGCAAGGACAAUGCUUCUUGACAGGGUGCUGGAUGGUGCCCAGAUAAGUAUGGAAGAGUAUGAGGCUAUGAAGGAUCUCAGCACCGCCCAUUUCUCUGCACAGAGUGGGGCUUGAUGUGGGAUUGAUAUAUUUUUCCCUCCCCUUUCGGUGAUAUGGUAUAUGAAAAAUGGACAUCAGCCCUUUUCUUUCUUCGAGGCUUCUAUAUAUUGGAAGUUUUUGGAAACAUACAUUAACAUCAAGGUGCGGCAAACAAGUAAACCCUCAUCUCCCUA